UGGCACAACUUUGUCUCCCGAAAUGCCUUACAAAAUCCCCACUUCAUCGAAACAUGAACCUAAGAGGACCAGAGAAAUCACUGGGAGCUUCAGCGAUCGAGCGGUAUAGAAAUGCAAUAAAUACAGAAAUAAUUUGCCCUGCUCAAGCUGCUGUCAAAAGCACAGGAGCGAGCCAGGCAGCUUUCUCUGGCCAGCUGGCAACCCCAUGCAGAAGCAAAACCAGGAGCAGAUUCUGUGCAUAACCGAGGAAGGGGUUAACUCUGCCAGCCGCGCUUUGCAACAGGUUGAGGCCCUUCUCCGGGGUGCUGACUGGUUGCAUUCUUCAGCCUCUUCCAGUAGAGGGAUCUGAGAGCCGGACGCUGGGGAGUUCAUGAAUGGGCUCCAUUGAAGAGGAGCUGAGCUGACUUCGCAGCCGGAGCGCACCAGUGCUGUUCCCUCCCUCGCUCUCCACUUCGGGCUGAGCCGGAGAGAAGCGCGGCACGGGGGUCUGCUUUUUUCCAAGACCCCCUUCCCCGGCCUCCCCACCGGCGCCUCCAACAUGUCCCUGAUGCUCAACAACACAUAUCAAGGGGGGAAAGCCUAUGGAUUGCUGAAAGCCAAGCAGGAAGGGCGGCUGGAGGAAAUCAACAAGGAGUUCCUCUGUGACCCGAAGUUCAGCGAUGAAGAGGAUUUGGAGGAGAAGCUUGCGGUUUUUAAAGAAAAAUACAUGGAGUUCGACCUCAACAACCAAGGUGAAAUCGACCUGAUGUCUGUGAAAAGGAUGAUGGAGAAGCUAGGAGCCCCAAAGACUCACCUGGAGCUGAAGAAGGUGAUCUCCGAAGUGACCGGAGGGGUCAGCGACACCAUCUCUUACCAGGAUUUCGUCAACCUCAUGCUUGGGAAACGGUCGGCGGUCCUCAAAUUGGUCAUGAUGUUUGAAGGAAAAGCCAACGAAGGCAGCCCCAAACCAGCAGGGCCGCCUCCCGAGAGAAAGAUCUCCAGCCUUCCUUGAAAUGGGAAGAAGCGCGUCCCAGCCAAACCUGUCCGUUUCACAUCACUCUCCGGGGGCCAUAACCAGGCUCCGUUGCUUUUAUACCGGACGUUCUUAGAAAGCAAUAAACUAACCUGCUUUAGCAAAAGGAAUGACAAAGGGAAGUUCCAGGGACUUUACCCGGAGGAGUCCCUAGGGAGCCGUUUUUUUAUAUAUAUAUAUAUGACUGUGUCCCCAUAGCCAGCUCUGUCUGCCUCUUUCUCUCGCUUUCUCAAAGGCUUGGGUCCGUAGCGAAAAAUGAAAAUGUGAAACCAAAAGCAGAAUCCCAGAAGGCGUUUUCCUGAUGACAAACGUCAGGGCUGGUUUCCCCGAAGGCAAUCUCCACCCUUGCUACCAAACUGGGGUAAAUCAAAGGCCGAAUCUCAGCCCAUUUGAAUGUCUUCCCGUUCAUGGAGCGGCACCGUACGCAGGCGAAGGACCCCCCAGCUGCCAUUUUGAGCACCGACGUACCUCCUCCUGCAAUCACGGAAAGCUUCUGGCGAUUUUCAGCUGCCCUCUCCUGACUUCUGUCUGCCUCCUUUCCCACUGUGCCUGCCUGCUCCUUUUGAAAACACAGGAUUCGGUCACCCUUCACAGGUACGCUUCGCCUCGCUCAUUUUGCUGAGCAGGGCAAUCCCUGCUAUACGACGCCCCUUCAGUGCAGGUCAUGUGAAGAUGCACAGAUUGCUGGUGUACUUGGAGGCAAAGACGGAUGGAAGGAAAAAGGAAUUCAAACUCCAGACUUUAUUUUAUUGACAACCACCUACGUUUGUAAUAUAACUGGUUUCCACAACUGCAUCCCAGUAUCUUUCUGUGGUCUGCCUUAAAAGCCUAGGACUCAAAUCUACCCCAGCUUUGAGUUUCUCUUGAUUUCACAGGCUGAUGCGUUUCUACAAGAGGCUUUUAUUCCGCACUUUUACCAAGGCUUCUGCUUCUGGAUUCUACACGAGAUUAAGACCGGCUCCUUUACACGUCCUUUUUUCCCAUGGUUUUUCUUUCUCUGCCUUUUUUUAUGUUUCAUUAUGCAGCCCCUAGAUGGCGCUGUGGUGUAGCAGAAUCGCGCAAUUACACGAGGCUCUCAUUCCACUAUUUCUAAAUAAAACCAGACUUUCCUCGUUGGGGGGGGGGGGGAAACGGUUGCAAAGCACGGGCGAGUCCCUGGAGGAUGGUGACGUGGUGUAAAGAACCCACAAACUACCGUGAAUGAGCAAUUACAAGCACACAACAAAAGCUUUGUGUAGAAAGGCUCUGAACACAGAGUUAGAGCAACCACCCAUACACCUGAAGAUGGAUCCAGGGCAGGAGAGUUUGCCGAAAGGGACAUGAAAUACCCACCAACCAUCUGACCCAUUCGAGCUUCGUUGUUGUAAGAGCAGAGAUAGGGAACCUGUUUCAGUCCAAGGGCCGAAUUCGACUUUGGAGAAUCUUUCCGGAGGAGGUGGAGAGCACGUUCCAGUGGCGUGCAGGGCCACAGGAAAACAGGGCAGAGCAAAAAUAGAAACAAACAAAAAUAUCGUGGCUUAAAGCUGUUACUGCCAAUAACUAAGCCUUGGAAGAGGCAUUUCAACUGUACCAAAGCCGGGAAACUGCCAGACAAGUGGUGGUUUGGGAAAGGGGCGUGGGCCUCUGGAGUGUCAGGCUGGCCUUGUACCUAGUGGUUGGAUUUAUUAGGAAAUAGUUUGACAAUGCCAAAUGUUCUCUUGCAAGCUUAUGUCUGUAAGAAGUUCCCAUCGAAGUAGCUGCUUCAAAGCUGAGAUAAGGGAGUGAACAAGCUACUUCUAUGAGAACUUCUUACAGAGAUAAGCUUGCAAGAGAACAUCUUGCAUUGUCAAACUAUUUCCUAAUACAUCUAACCACUAGGUACAAAGCCAGUGUUGUACCUAGACCUGACAUGGGGAAUUGAGGAGGGCUGUUGUCGAGAUCUACCUUAACCAUCGGCUCAGUUCAGGCAAAACAUUUCUCAACAGUGGUUUUAGAACUACACCACCGUUGAGAAAAGUUGCCUGGCAGGAAAACUCCACGCGAUGGUGGAGGCUUCUUUGGGAAACACUCCACGCUGUGCAGAGGAGAGUUCCUGCACAACCGUUGCGUGGCGGGCUCCGUGGAGUUUCCCGUUGAGUGGUCUUUUCUCACUGGCUACAGAGCUCCCCGGCAAGAGCGGUGAAAGGAACGAGUGCCACUCUAGGAGAGACGCUGGAUUGGUUUUUUUUAGCAGCAAUGGCUGAUGGGAUACCAUCGGGAGGAACCGGGGAGGAGAGAGGGCGGAGGAACUGUCAAACAAACAUUGUGAUGGAUUUUACUCAACUCCACAGUAGCCCACAAUCGCACAACGGUGGAGUUAAAACAUGUUGUGUGGGGAGGACCUCCUAGAAACUCAACUGUUGAGUAGAGUUUUCACACUGAGUUGACUAAUGUGUUGUCUGAACUGAGCCAUCUCCUCUUCCAAACAUUAACUUUCUCGGCACCAGGGGACAGCAAGAGACUUCAUGGUAGCCUGUGAUGACCACCUCGUGGUCGGGCAGCUACUGACAUGAAAGCCACUGCGUCCACCCAGCUUGUUCCAUGACACGGCUGCCCACGGCGGCGGCUUUGCCAGGUCUUGUUGCAGCUAUUUUAGCGACUUGCCUCCACCAGAGGCUCUUUGCAAAGCACUGCAAACUUCCAGGCACAUUUUUUUUAAAAGCAGAUGAGUUAGUUUCUCUUUCUUCAUACUCCCAACACGUGCAAAAUCGACCCUUUGAUCCUACGAGCGUCCGUUUCCGUAGGUGCUUAAUUUAUUUGCGCCGUUGCUGCUUUGCGUUCCUCUGUAGCUGUUUUCACCUCGUGCUUGUAGAUCCACCAUUUUAAAUAA